GAUCUUUUAAUUUGUAGAGAAUUUUCCAACAAUGCAAUUCUACCGGAAGUGUGGUUGUUAGGUUUGAUCGUUGAUUUCGCCGAUUUGGGUCCGGGUUGGCUUAAACUUAAUUUUCCGUCAGAAAAAAAAGGUGACUUGUAAUCGAGCUGGGUGGGUGAUCUGCCCAAGAUGUCCUUCCCUCCACAUCUCAACCGGCCACAAAUGGGCAUCCCUACCAUGCCCCCUGGGAUCCCUCCACCGCAGUUCGCUGGCUUUCCUCCUUCAAUGCCACCAGGAGCCCCAAUGAUUCCAGUUCACAUGGGCAUCAUGACCCCAACUCCUGCGGUUCUUGUGCCCACCUCGAUGCCAGUGGUCAGUAAAGUAGCUGCCCCGAGGAAAGAAGCUCCAGCUCCACAUUCGAAAGAAGCUGACGAGAACAGCGGGCCCACGACAACAGUAUUUGUAGGGAACAUCUCAGAGAAAGCGUCAGACAUGUUGAUCAGACAGCUGCUUUCAAAAUGUGGUUUGGUCCUGAGCUGGAAACGAGUACAGGGAGCGUCGGGAAAACUGCAAGCGUUUGGUUUCUGUGAGUAUAAGGAGCCAGAGUCGACUCUGCGCGCUCUGCGGCUGCUGCAUGAGCUGCAGGUUGGAGAGAAGAAGCUGCUGGUGAAGGUGGAUGCCAAAACUAAAGCUCAGCUGGAUGAGUGGAAGGCCAAAAAGAGGAGCUCCAACGGGAAUGACAAAGCUGAGGAGGGGGGUGAGGAAGAAGAGGAGGUUUUGGAUGAAGAAACACAGAAACGGGACCAGAUAGUGAAGGGAGCAAUUGAUGGACUGAUCCGGGAAUAUUCCAGCGAGCUCAACGCUCCCUCUCAGGAUGACGAGUCCAGCCGCCGGAAGAAGAAGAAGGAGAAAAAAGAAGAGGAGGACAUCAACGCCAUAGAAAUGGAAGAGGACAAAAGAGAUUUGAUCUCCAGGGAGAUCAACAAAUUCCGUGACACCCACAAGAAACUCGAGGAGGAGAAAGGAAAGCGGGAGAAGGAGCGGCAGGAGCUGGAGCGGGAGCGCAGAGAGAGGGACAAGGAGCGAGAGAGGGAGCGUGAGAGGAGGGAGCGGGAAAGGGAGAAGGACCGAGAGCGGGAAAGGGAGAGAGAGCGCGAGAGAGAGCGCGAGAGGGACCGGGACCGGGAGCGUGAGCGAGAAAGAGAAAGAGAGCGCGAGAGAGAGAGGGAAUGGGACAGAAGCAGAGACCACAGUGAAGCUCGGAGCAGGUCCAGAGAGCAAAGCCGUGAUCGAGAAAGAGAAAAGGAUAAGAAGCGUGAUCGUGAGGAAGAUGAAGAGGAAGCUUACGAGCGGCGCAAGCUGGAGAGGAAGCUCCGGGAGAAGGAGGCUGCGUAUCAGGAGAGGCUGAAAAACUGGGAAUUAAGAGAGAGGAAGAAAGCCAGAGACUACGCUAAAGAAUCAGAGAGAGAAGAUGAGCGCCGACGGGAGACAGCGAAAGAAGGCAAACGACUAAAGGAGUUCUUGGAGGAUUAUGACGAUGACCGGGAUGACCCUAAAUACUACAAGGGCAGUGCACUGCAGAAACGCUUGCGUGAUCGAGAGAAGGAGAUGGAGCUAGAUGAAAGAGACAGGAAACGAGAGAAGGAGGAGCUGGAGGAGAUCAGGCAGAGACUGUUGGCUGAGGGACAUCCUGAUCCAGACGCAGAGCUACGCAGGAUGGAGGAGGAGGCAGAGCGUUUGCGGCAACCCCCAGUGAAGCCAGAGCCUGAGGAAGAGCGAGAAAGCAAGCCUUCGCGUGAGGAGCGCGAGAGAGAGAGGGGAAGAGAGCGUGAGAGGGAACGAGAGAGACGCCGGCCGAAUGCCCAGUUGCAGUCAGAUGAGGAUGUAGAGGACGGAGAGGAAGUGGAGGAUGAGGAAGACUCUAAGCCGUGUCUCAAGCCCACAAUGAGGCCCAUCAUGGCCGCCCCGUCUGUUUCCUCGGCCAGCGGUAACGCCUCACCCAACACACCAAGGGAAGAGUCGCCCUGUGGCAUCAUCAUUCCCCAUGAAAACUCGCCACCGGAAACCCAGCCACAGGAGGAGCACCGGCCCAAAAUAGGCCUCAGCCUCAAACUCGGUGCCACAGGCAGUCCUAGCCAGCCAAGCGUGGGCAAACGCAAGAAGCUGGCUGUGGAGAGCGUCUUCAACCGAUUCGAUGACGAUGAGGUGGAUGAGGCACCACGGAAGAGGAAGCUAGUGCCUUUAGAUUACGAGGAUGAAGACAAAGGCAGUGGUGGAGCGGAAGGCGCCGGAGCAGCAGGGGGCAAAGGGGCCAACACAGAGGAGAAACGCAAACACAUUAAGAGUCUAAUCGAGAAAAUCCCUACCGCUAAACCUGAGCUUUUCAACUACCCACUUGACUGGUCUGUCGUGGACUCGACUCUAAUGGAGAAGCGCAUUCGGCCGUGGAUCAAUAAGAAGAUUGUGGAGUACAUUGGAGAGGAGGAAGCCACUCUAGUUGACUUUGUUUGCUCAAAGGUGAUGGCUCACAGCACGCCGCAAGGCAUCUUAGAUGAUGUUGCUAUGGUGUUGGAUGAAGAAGCAGAGGUGUUCAUUGUGAAAAUGUGGCGGUUAUUGAUUUAUGAAACAGAGGCCAAGAAGAUUGGACUCGGCAAAUGAACAAGCACUGAACAAGGAUCAACGCUGCGCCUGACUUUCCUGUUUGAUCAGUUCGGCAUGUGAAGAGAAAAACAUUCGGGGCAACUCAGCAAAACAUUCGACCCAGCAAGCCGAUUACUUCCAUGUAUAAAUAUAUACGUUGUUGUUUUUUUUUUUCCCCCCCUCUCCAUCCACCUGUGACUGUGUUGGUUAGUGAGCACUGGAUCUGGAACCCCAUCCCAGCUACUCUCAUUCACUGCUAGAGAUUUGGGUGAGGUGAAUAUUUCCUCAGGGCUUGUCUGAUGGGUUUCAGCGUAUCUUCAUCAUGCCUGCUUAAAGUAUAAUUGAUGUCUAUGAAAGCAGUAUCUUAAUGUAAGCUGCCACACCUGUAGAAUUUGCCAGUCACAUCUAGGUUACAGUUUAAUUUUGUUCACUUUUGUUGGUAACAGAGUUGAGUUGUACCAAAGAGUUUAUCUCCACAAAUGUCACAAAGUGAUCUGUCUUUCCACCAACAUGGCGAGGAAAAAAACUAAAGAAUUGGACCCCGCAAUUUUGGAAGUGUCUGGCUUAAAUUGAUCUCAAGUUGUGCAAUGAUGGAAACAGUGGUCUCUGUUUUUGUAUGUAGUAAUGGAUGUGUUUUCAAUAAAAGUAAUCUUUUUUUUUUUUAAUAAAAUUAAUUUGGGA